AUAUCCAUUUAUGGUUGAAAUGUGCUGAGCCAGACUGGGUCCAGAUUUGAUGCUUGCCAGAAUACGCACAUGGAAUAGUCUGAGGCUGAUAAGGUGUCAGGAGACGUUUUGAAUGUUUAUGGGAUGGUCUACCUAAUAUGUUUACAAAACAAUCUAUUGCUUUUAGAGGUUCUUUCAACCUUGGCAAAUCAUUGGAAGUGGUCUGUUAGGAAUGUGUAAAAUUGUAUAGGUUUGUAUUUCAUUUUCAUCCUGAUACUGUUCUUCAGCAUAGAUACAAGCCCUUCAUAGAUAAAUCCUCAGAAAAAAGUGUAUGAGACAGUGAAUCAUAGCAGAUGGAAUUAUUUCUAUAAUACCACCUCAAACUCCCCUUGUUAAGAAUACUACCAAGAACUUGGUUAUAAUAUGCAACAAAUCGUACAGUUUGUAGGAAUUCCUUCUGUUUAUCGUUCUAAGAGUUCUCAGUGCUGCAUGUGGGCAGACAUUUGUCACCUGUGCAUUACUGCAUAGUUGAUAACCUUCAGCAUAAAUACGAACAAAAACAUGCCACUCGAACAGUUGAAACUGGCAUGAAAUGGCCAGAUUACUUUUAUUACUUGGAAUAAUUUGACAGAUGCCUAGACUGAAUGUGACACUUAGAUUCACAGAAAUCUGAAUUCGUAGAUAACCCUUGCCACAGUCUGGCUAUUACCUACACUGCAGAUAUGAAUUUUGUAUUUUAUUUCUCAUGGGAUUAAAGGAAUAUUAAUGUUUGAACAGAAGAUACAAAAUGCAAAAAUACAGUAAAAAAUUAUUUAUCAUCGUAAAUGCAGUAUGUAAUUUUAGGUGUCAUCAUGACUAGGCAAUAGAAUUUUUCACCAGGCAUCUAAAAAAAUGAUGAAGGUCAUUCUUCCCAAGACUUUCAAGGCUCAGUUCAUCAUCCCUUUAAUCAAAUUGCCUGGAUGUUUCUAAGUUUCCAGAGAAAUUUGCUGCUCCAUCAAGGGCUGGUUUACUGGGAUAGACGCCCGUCUUUUAUGCCCUUGUUUCAAUUUUCUCAUCCAUUAAUAGAACAGCAUGUGCUUCCUGGUAGGGCUACAAAAAAGUCAUUUAGAACUGCACGUAAUUUCAAGAUGAAUAGCUGAACUCCUGGAAACCACUGGAAUUGUUAAUGCUGCAGUCUUCAUUGUUGAAGUAAAUAAUCUGUGGCCAACAGAAUGAAUAGCUAAAUGCCUUGAAAUUACAGGAGUUCUUAGUGCACUCGUACUUGCUGAAGUAAUGAAGCUGUGACUGAAAAUCAGUCUUACUUUUUUUAUUGAAUUUGAACAUGUGUAGUGUGUAUCCUGAAACAAUAGCCUGUAAGUGUUUAAUAUAUUGAGGAAUGAAGUCUGAAGUUUUAGUUUAAAUCAUUUUUUUAAUGAGAUAUUUUGAAUUGUUUAAAAAAAGAUGUUUGAAAAAGGGAAAGUGUUUGGCCCUUGGAAAUUUUAUCUGGUUUGGGUAGCUGUAUUUUGCUGCCUGUUUUUGAAAUGACUAUAUAAUAAAUAGCAUAAGGGAAUGAUAUGACUUUGACCUCUUACUCAAAGAAAUGAAAAUAAAAAAUAGGUUAACAAAUACAACAGGAAAGAAUGAAAAUAUUAAUUAUUAAGAAACAAAGAUACUGAAUGGAUAAGGAAGAAAUAAGUUCUUUAUAAAAGGUCUUCUUGACAUGUAGAAAUUGCCUGUUGUAGACUUUUCUUUACGCAAUUCAGAUAAAUUGGAUUAAAUUUAGUGAAAAUUGAAUUGUAAGAAAAAAAAAAAGAAAAAUCAUAAGAGACACCUUAUAUGGGACCAAUUCCACGUGUGUAUAUAUGUGUGUACAUUACUGUUUACAUAUACUAUAUUUACUUUUUCAGUUUUAUUUCAACUUUCCUCUUUUUCUUUUCCCUCCUGUUUCAGUUGGUCCGCCCUAUUAUUUCCAGUUUGGGGUCAAGUUUUAUGUGUCUGAUCCCAGUAAACUGAGUGAGGAAUACACAAGAUACCAUUUCUUCCUCCAGUUGAAAAAGGACAUAUUAGAGGGCAAGCUUGUAUGUCCACCUACCACGGCAGCACUACUGGCCAGUUACGCUGUGCAGUCUGAACUUGGUGACUAUAACCCAGAGGAACACACAGACGGCUAUCUCUCAGAAUUCCGCUUCAUUCCAAACCAGACGGAGAAUUUUGAGAGAGAGGUGUCUGAGUUACACAAGCAGCAUAAGGGUCAGAUGCCUGCAGACGCUGAAUAUAACUACUUAGAUGUUGUAAAGCGAUUAGACAUGUAUGGUGUAGACGUCCACUUGGCGAGGGUAAGGGACCAAAGUAACAUGGACAUCCAGCUGGGUGUGGCGUCAGCAGGACUGGUGGUUUUUCAAAAUAGUGUAAAGAUUAAUACAUUUUCCUGGGCGAAAAUAGUGAAAAUAUCUUUUAAAAGGAAACAAUUUUUUAUCCAACUCCGACGAGAGAUAGGAACUAACAAUAACGACAACAUAGACAACCUCAUCGGUUUUUACAUGACAAGUUAUCGGUCGUGUAAAAACUUGUGGAAAUCUUGCGUAGAGCAUCACACGUUCUUCCGAUUACACAAACCCAAUCCUCCCAUUAAGAAAAAACUUUUGUCACUAGGGUCAAAGUUCAGAUACAGUGGCAGGACAGAAUUUCAAACGUUAGAAGAUGGCAAAAGAAGAGCAAGGAUAGAAAGAACAUUUUCCAGGUCACCAAGUAAACGAUACGCAAGACGCACUGUAGGUGGCACCACCAGAGAUGUGAUAAUGGACGAAAAGAAUGUACUUGACGGAUACAGGAACGCACCAGUCAAUAAUGGACCAGUCAAUAACCAUGUCAAACAGUCCAGGUCUAUGAACAGUACGAUAAACUUAACCAGGAAUUAUGAUGGUUAUGGAAGGUCACCAAGGUCAUCUUUUCAGGAUUAUAGGCGGAAGAGCAACACGCAGUGGUCAGACAACCAAUCAGAGCCAGAUGAGGGAGGAUUUGUUCCACCAGUGCCAGCUAAGAUGCAGGAUUACUAUCUAGAUGAAAAUACUAGCAUGUCCCAGCAGUCCUUUGAGCUGCCCGAUUAUCAUGAAUUUGUGCCAAAUGGCAAUGGGUUUGUGGAUGGUCAAGGACUGGUGGUUAUCAGAAUGAGGCCAGAUGACCAGGGGAGGUUUGGAUUCAACGUCAAAUCGGUCAACUGUCGAGGCAGGGACCCAGCAAGACCCCACCAGGGUGGCGCUGACCAGGGGAUGCCCAUCAUCGUGUCCCGUGUGGCGCCAGGCUCUCCGGCAGACCUGUGUAUUCCCAGGCUCAAUGAGGGGGACCAGGUGCUGCAGAUAAACAGGAGGGACGUCUCUACGCAUUCACAUGAACAGGUUGUUAUGUUCAUCAGAGCAACCAGAGAGAACCAUUCAGGAGAACUAGAGUUGAUAGUAAGACCUAAUGUGUAUGUUGGAGAUGACCCAGUGGAAGAGCCAGAGUUCCAGUACAUCCCAGACACACACCAUAUAUCUACCACAACCCACGGUGACGUGCUGGCAGAGUCCUUACUGCUCCUCCAGGAAGGCAUAGAGAGUGGGGCAGCAGUGGCACAGUUUGAGCAAUUGUACAGGAAGAAGCCUGGGAUGACUAUGAAUGCUGCCAGGUUACCUGAAAAUAUUCCCAAAAAUAGAUACAGGGACAUCUCUCCUUAUGACCAGACUCGGGUCGUAAUCAAAAAUGGUCCUGAUUACAUUAAUGCAAAUUUUGUAAAUAUGGAAAUUCCUGGCUCUGGUAUUGUAAAUAGGUACAUAGCAGCCCAGGGUCCCCUGCCCAACACAGUGGUGGAUUACUGGGAGAUGAUCUGGGAGCAGCAGUCCACUCUAGUUGUCAUGCUGACCACUAAGAUGGAGAGAGGAAGGGUGAAAUGUCACCAGUAUUGGCCAAAUCUCUACGAAACCGAAGACCUUGGAGCACUUCAGCUUACCUGCCUCAAGGAGCAAGAAACCCCGUCCUUUGCCUUCAGAGAGUUUCUGUUAGUCAACAUGGAUACCAAUGAAGAGAGACACAUAGUGCAAAUGCAGUAUAUAGCCUGGCCUGACCAUGGCGUGCCGGAUGAUUCCAGCGACUUCCUAGAUUUUGUCAUCCGUGUGCGACAGAACCGAGUGGGAAUGGUUGAACCAACUGUCGUGCACUGCAGUGCUGGUAUUGGGCGCACAGGUGUCCUGAUCACCAUGGAAACCGCCAUGUGUUUAAUCGAGGCCAACCAACCAGUGUACCCUCUGGACAUCGUACGCCAGAUGAGAGACCAACGUGCCAUGCUAAUACAGACAGCUAGUCAGUACAGGUUUGUGUGUGAAGCCAUUCUGCGAGUCUACAGUGAGGGUAUUGUAAAGCCACUGGAUGAUUAUCAAAGAUGACACCCUGCAAGAAGGUGAACUAAACGUUGAACUAAAGGUCACAAAGCCAUCUUCAUCUCUUACAUGUGCAUGCAUGGACAUAACGCCCGCACGUGCUGGUGUAAUGGAAAUGGACACACCUUAAGGUUCAGAGGUCACAUCUCUCUCUUUCUCCAUCUCCAUGGUGACACUAUUUCCAUGGUGACGUCGCAAGGCAGCUAGGACAGCUCUGUGACUGAGCAGGAAAAAAAAUGGCAAAAGUGCACAGCAUUCAAGUAACACAGUCUGAGUGGGUCAGUUACUAAGAAGCAGACAGUGAUAUGAUCUUCCAUAAAGCUCACAUAUGAUCCCAAAACUGACAAGUUUUGCCAUCUGAGUCCUAUUAUAAUGUAUUGUGCUGCUAGGUGGAACAAGUUUUUAAGGGAUGGUCAAGGAGGGUUCUCUAAAGUGUUACUCCGCGACACUAUUGCUCAGCCCUAAGAGGUGCCCUGCUUGCUUACUUAUCAAUAAGAUGGCUUGUGAAACAAUUAAACAAAAGCCUCACGGGGAAAUAUAUGACAUGGAUAUGUGAAUGAACAAGACAAGAACAUGUAGACAUACGAGGAUGUACAUUUUACAGGAAUACUGCAUAAUUUAUUACCAAUACAAUAUAUGACAAACUGGCGAUGCUACGUGGUGAAUAAGCAGUUGUCAUAAGACUAUUUUAGAGUAAUUAAAACAUGUAUGAGAUAUUGACAAAUGCGAGAGAGAGUUUGUGGCAGUUUAAAUGAAAACCCACCAUUGAAUUCUGGAUCUGCCGUUGAAUGGGAAAGUACACCAGGGUUUAAUGGUGAUCAGUAGGGAGGAAGAAAAGCUGCUCCUCCUUUGUACAACCACCAUCUUAAAUGCUCACUUGUGACUUGAUUGUCAUCUCAUUCAUUUCUAAGAUAUCUGGUCAUACUGAUGGCUCCCAGGGUGCAGGCUGAGUGCAACUUCUCACAUUGCAUUUGUGGGUGUAAUAUCUACAGGUUUUGUGACCAUGAGGACAAGACUGAAGAUAAACUGGACAAUAAAUAAGUGUGUAUUUUAUUUCAUAUCUUCAGCACAAGGUCGAUUGUAAAGGUUGCUUGGAUGUGGCUAUUACAGCUAAAAAGAGUCAUGGGUGUGGCUUUUCCUGUACACUAGCACCACCAUGAGGUGUCAUUGAACAAGCCUGGUUCUCCUUAAAUGCAACGCUUUCUGUUAGAUCUGUAUGCGUUGCGCUAUGUUGCUAUAAUCGUGCAAUUUUAAGCGUAAAUUGUGAAUCAUGGAAACAAUUUUAAAUGGAUUUUUCACUCUAAAUCAAGUUUGGCAAUUUUCUGUUUUUGUCGAUUGUCAGCUGUCUUGCCCUAAAAGGAGUAUUCCUGUGUAACAAAUUGGAUAUUGUGUGUACUGCACAAGAGCCUUAAUUUUACUAAAUGGUGUAUUAAAUAUUCAUGACCAGUGGAAUAAAAAGGAAAGGCAGCCUUCCAUUUUCUGCCUCAUUUCUUUUAAAAAAUGUCAAGUCGAGCAAGUGUACAUAUUUUAGACUGCAAAGAUUUACAAAACUGAAAGGGUUUGAUGAAUGGUAGGGGCAAGGCAAAAGUGGUGUAGCUUUUUCUGCUGUCAAAAUUAUUUACAUUAUAAUCAAUUUUAUGAUCAGGUACACCCUUGACAUCAAUUGUUACUCCUGUCCUGUCCUUUCCUGUGCAUAUGUGCACUUAAGCAAAAUAUGCAAAUGGUUUGAUGCUCUUUUGCUGGAAAAAGAUUGUGAAACCACUUUUUUUCCCCCUGAAAGUAACCGUAUAAAUAAGAAAGCAGCUCUGUUAUUUUAAGUAUCAAUACUUAUGGUGCAAGAAACAUGACAAAUAGUUUUGAAAGCAGAAGAAGCUCAGUACUAUUUCUAUGCUGAAAGGGGUUCAGACUGGGUGGGUUUGGGGAAGCGUUUGCUGAUUUUUUAGACAGCAUUUUUUACCAUGAAGGCGUCUGUUUACAAAGCAUUAUUUUUAUUUGUUUGCUUUUAUUUUAAAGUGUAAUUAUUAAUGAUAUGUUAUUAAGUAGGGAGCAUUUGAGCUUAGAAAAUGUACACAUCGAUAACACUGAAUCAUAUUCGGUGAAAUUUUUCAUGUGUAUUUAAAUUAUUCAUGCUUUCCCCCGCCUUUAAAUUGAAUUUGAUGAUCUCAAUAAUGAUUUUAAUUGUUAAUAUUAAUAAAAGUUCUCAUCCAGGUAAUGCAUACUGGAUGAUUUUAUAAAGAGUGAAUAUAAUAGGCAUUUACACCAACUUAGAUUGGACUAUUUAUAGCUACAGACUUCAGUCGCAAUUCUAUUUAAUAUAUGUAUGUCAACUUAUACACAGGUACUGGAUAAUAGCAGAGAAUAAAUGGUUUUCAGUUAAGAUUGGUUGAAAAAAACUAAGUAUUUAGUAAAAGUGUAGCUGUUUCAUUGACCGCAAAUUCUCUUCUUGUAGGAGUAUAGUGAACUGACACAGAAAGGGAAAAGUUUGAUUGACAGGUCAGUGUAAACAGGUCUUUUUGAUUAAUGAUUUAUAUCCAUCAGUUGACGUACCAUGUCUGUGGCUUUGACAGGUUUUAAUGAGAACAGUGCUUGUUUUAUUAUAAUUCCAGAUUUCUCUAGUAAAAGCAUACAUUCUGGUGAAGAUAUUGUGAAAUGUUUUCUUAUUCUAUACAUAUUGAAGCUUCAUUAAAUAUUGUUUGCCCAAAUAAUUUGACAAAUUUGCAAUAGGUAAACAAGAACUAUUUUUCUCCAUUUAAUUAUGUGUAGGUUUAUUCUGAUCAAUACGUAUUUCAUACUGUGAAAUAUAUGUCCAAAGUUCUUUCUCAAUCGUGGUAUGUCACAUAUGUAGAUUCAUAUUUUUGUCUUUGCUGCAUUUUUAAAUUGUACAUUGUUGCAUGUUUGCUGCAGUCAGUAUAUAUAGAUAUACAUUGUAGCAUUGUUGCUACCAUAUUGAUACAGUGUAGCAAAGUGUGGCAAUAGUUAGCCAUGCCCAUGGUGUAUAUCGUUCAGAAAUACAAUCUACAUUUUGGUACAUAAAAAAAAA